AUGUCGUCGACCCCAGGUCUAACAGCUUCAACGCCCGAGUUGCCUACGACGGCAACACGCCCAAAGCUCAUGGGCACAUGCACAAAUGGGCUUGAUCUGGAGAAACUAGGUAGAGAGCGGCCAUCUCACUUCUCGAGUCGAUGGUCAGAACUUGCAUUUUGCUUCUCUAUUGUCAUGUCCCAGAUCCUAGCGGAAUUCUUCAUCACAGGAUCCAACCUUCUACUACCUACACUUGUUACCGAGCUAGGUAUCCCGGAAGCCUCCACAAUAUGGCCGACCACUGCCCUUUCCCUCGUAGUGUGCGCCACACUCCUCAUCUUCGGUCGCUUGACAGACAUGUACGGAGGAUACCUCGUUUACAAUGUUGGAGCUAUCUGGCUCACAAUAUCUUCAAUCCUCGCUGGCGUCUCGACUACAUGGCUCAUGUUGAUUAUCUGUCGUGCACUGCAAGGCUUAGCCCUUGGAGCACUCCUCCCAUCCGGAAUGAUGAUCCUGGGAAGCACAUAUCGCCCAGGUCCUCGGAAGAACCUCGUCUUCAGUUUUCUCACCUGGAGGUGGUAUUUCUACAUUGGUGCAAUCUUGUCUGCCAUCAUGGCCGCGUCGUCGAUUUUCUCGGUCCCCAGAGACUACUACGAGAAGAAAGAGCUCGGCAUUCGUAUGGAUUGGGCUGGACUGGUCCUCUCUAUCACAGGCACUACGCUAUUCGUUUUCGCGAUUGCGGAUAGCUCAUACGCACCACAAGGAUGGAAGACACCAUAUAUCAUCGUCUUCUUCGUGUUAGGUAUGAUUUUAUUGGGGGUGAUGGCUUAUAUUGAAGGGUGGGUCGUUCAAAACCCUCUGCUCCCUGGUGACAUCUUUCACGUGAAGCAUAUGGCGGCCCUUGUCAUUGCUUUGUUGUUCCUUUACGGCAGCCUGGGAAUUUUUCUACUAUAUGGUGUUCUCUACAUGUCCGAUUUCAUGGGCGGGUCACCUCUUCAGAUCGUCGCCUGGACUGCCCCGAUGGGUGUCGGUGGCUUGAUUCUCUCUGCGGCUGGUGGAUUCAUUCUACACAAAGUAUCCGGAACACUCUUGAUGCUCAUCUCAUGUCUUGGUUACGUGGGCUCUGGUUUGCUCUUUGCCAUCAUUCCGAUCGGCGGUAAUUAUUGGGCAUACAUCUUUCCGGCUAUGAUAUGUGGUACCGUUGCGAUCGAUAUCAGCUUCAACCUCGCCAACAUUUUCAUCACAACCAGCUUGCCCAAGGCGAGACAAGGACUUGCAGGUGCUCUGAUCUACUGUACUUUGCAUUUGGGGAUCGCGGUUAUGCUUGGCUUUGCGGAUAUUGUUCAGACGCAGAUGAAGUAUCUUGGCGUUCGGAAGAGUUACAAGGUUGUCUUCUGGUUCCAGACGGGUUUGGCUGUUGUAGGGCUGUUUAUUGUUUUGCUUUUGGUGAGAAUUCGCCAUGCAAAGAGUGAACUGACAGCCGAGGAAAUUCAGGCCCAAGGGACGCAGAGUAGCGUAAGGAGGGACAACGAAGAGGUUUGA